GGGGCGGGGCGCAUGCGCGCUGCGCGCGGGGCUGAAUGUUUCCCAAGUGUUUGAAACUGGUAUUUGGGUUUUCCACGUUGGACAAGUGCGGAGCGGCAGGCGACCGAGCGCGCCCUUCUCGCGGCCGGCCCUGCCCCACGGCGCUGCCCAGCCUGACCAGGUGGCGGUCGCGGCGCCCGGCGCUCUCCCGGUCGGUGUGUGCGCGCCCGUACGCGCGGCCCCCUGCGCCCGCCGCCGCCGGGGAGGGGGCCUGCGCCCCGGAGCCUCUGCUGCCGCGGCCCGCGCCCAGGCGUCGGGGUCCUUACAGCCCCAAGGCGGCCGAUGUAGCGGCGGCCGGGCGGGCCGGAGCCGGCGGGGGGGCGCGGGAGGGCGAGCGCCGUGCAUUUUGCAGUGCUGUUUUGGAGGGGGGCGGGGGGUGGAGGAAGCGGAAAGCCGCGCCGAGUCGCCGGGGACCUCCGGGGUGAACCAUGUUGAGUCCUGCCAACGGGGAGCAGAUCCACCUGGUGAACUAUGUGGAGGACUACCUGGACUCCAUCGAGUCCCUGCCUUUCGACCUGCAGAGGAACGUCUCGCUGAUGCGGGAGAUCGACGCGAAAUACCAAGAGAUCCUAAAGGAGCUGGAUGAGUACUACGAGAAGUUCAAGCGUGAGACCGACGGCACCCAGAAGCGGCGGCUACUGCACGGCAUCCAGCGAGCCCUGAUCCGCAGCCAGGAGCUGGGGGACGAGAAGAUCCAGAUCGUGAGUCAGAUGGUGGAGCUGGUGGAAAACCGGACCAGACAAGUGGACAGUCACGUGGAGUUCUUCGAGGCCCACCAGGAGAUUGGUGACACCACCGGCAGCAUCGGCAAAGCUGGCCAAGACAAGUCCAAGAAUGAGACAAUCAGUUUGGCAGAAAAGCCCAACAACAAGCGGUCCCGGCGGCAGCGGAACAACGAGAAUCGAGAGAACGCCUCUAAUAAUCACGACCAUGAUGACAUCACCUCGGGAACACCCAAGGAGAAGAAAGCGAAAACCUCCAAGAAGAAGAAACGUUCCAAGGCCAAAGCGGAGAGGGAAGCGUCCCCUGCAGACCUCCCCAUCGACCCCAACGAGCCAACGUACUGUCUGUGCAAUCAGGUCUCCUACGGGGAGAUGAUCGGCUGUGACAACGAGGAGUGUCCCAUCGAGUGGUUCCACUUCUCCUGUGUGGGGCUCAACCAUAAACCAAAGGGCAAGUGGUACUGUCCCAAGUGUCGGGGGGAAAAUGAGAAGACCAUGGACAAAGCCCUGGAGAAGUCCAAAAAGGAAAGGGCAUACAGCAGGUAGUUUGUGGACUUCCGGUAACGGAGGGACAGAUGGACCAGUGUAUUUAUUCCAUCGCCGCCUUGCUGGAGGUGUGAACUUUGUCAGAUGUGUAUUUUUAAAGGACCCAGCCCAGGGGCCCUUCUUCUCCAGAGGGGACGAGGGUUCUCUGCCUUCGCUUUCCCUGGUACCCAUGUAACCGGACAGUGCGCUGUGGGUCUGUGUUUUAGAAACUGCAAAUACAGGUUUGAGUUCAACACUUCA